UGAGGGGAGGGCUCGGGGCGCGGUGGCCACCAUGGGCAACUGCCACACGGUGGGGCCCAACGAGGCGCUGGUGGUGUCAGGUGGUUGUUGCGGCUCGGAUGUAAAGCAGUAUGUGUAUGGAGGCUGGGCCUGGGCUUGGUGGUGCAUUACUGACACCCAAAGAGUGUCUUUGGAGGUUAUGACCAUCCUCUGUCGCUGUGAGAAUAUUGAGACGUCGGAGGGGGUCCCACUGAUUUCCCUAGAGAUAAUGACGUUACAGCCCAGGUGUGAGGACGUAGAGACGGCGGAGGGGGUAGCUUUAACUGUCACAGGUGUGGCACAGGUGAAGAUAAUGACUGAGAAGGAGCUGCUGGCUGUAGCCUGUGAGCAGUUCUUGGGGAAGAACGUGCAGGACGUGAAGAACGUGGUCCUUCAGACGCUGGAGGGGCACCUGCGCUCCAUCCUCGGGACCCUGACAGUGGAGCAGAUCUACCAGGACAGGGACCAGUUUGCCAAGCUGGUGAGGGAGGUGGCAGCUCCCGACGUGGGUCGCAUGGGUAUUGAGAUCCUGAGCUUCACCAUCAAGGAUGUGUAUGAUAAAGUGGAUUACCUGAGCUCUCUGGGAAAGACUCAGACUGCAGCUGUCCGGAGGGACGCAGACAUCGGCGUGGCAGAGGCCGAGCGAGACGCUGGCAUCCGGGAGGCUGAGUGCAAGAAAGAAAUGCUGGAUGUCAAGUUCAUGGCAGAUACCAAAAUAGCAGAUUCCAAACGGGCUUUUGAAUUGCAGAAAGCUGCCUUCACUGAGGAGGUCAACAUUAAGACUGCAGAGGCCCAGCUGGCCUACGAGCUCCAGAGUGCCCGGGAGCAGCAGAAGAUCCGUCAGGAAGAAAUUGAAAUCGAGGUGGUUCAGCGCAAGAAGCAGAUUGAGGUGGAGGAGCAGGAGAUCCUGCGGAUGGAGAAGGAGCUGAUGGCCACCGUGCGGCAGCCGGCCGAGGCCGAGGCCUAUCGCAUCCAGCAGAUCGCCGAGGGCGAGAAGGUGAAGCAAGUCCUCAUCGCCCAGGCGGAGGCGGAAAAGAUCCGCAAGCUGGGAGAAGCAGAGGCUUUUGUGAUCGAGGCCAUCGGGAAGGCGGAGGCUGAGAAGAUGAAGCUGAAAGCUGAAGCCCUCCAGCAGUAUGGAGAGGCUGCCCAGCUGGCUCUGGUGCUGGAUGCUCUGCCUGAGAUCGCUGCCAAAGUGGCUGCUCCCCUCUCCAAAGUGGAUGAGAUCGUGAUUCUGGGCGGCGAGAGCAGCAACGCGACGUCGGAGCUGAACCGUCUGCUGGCCGAGAUCCCCGCCUCAGUGCGGGCCAUCACGGGCAUCGAUCUCACAAAGAUCCCUCUGAUCCAGAAAGCCACUGGUGCCCAGGCGUGAGGUUGGCCGGCCCCAGGCUGGUGAAGAUCUCUCCCUGUUAUGCACUCAGACAUCAACUGCCUUCAACACCUGGGAAUUCCUUUUAUAUCAGACAAUUGGAGUUUUGUUUUUAA